AUGAGCGAAGAAAUAAGAAAGGAUAACCCUUCAAUCCUACCCAUUGCGUUAGCAUUUCGUAGGGUCGUCGAAGUAGAUGAUAUACACGUUUUGCAAAUUCUGGAUGAUCAAUGGCGCAAGCUACUCUUUGCAAAAAUACCAGAAGAAAUAAAAACUGAAAAGAAAGUAGAUGUAUUUUGGGCUAAACUUAGUAAAUGGAGUGAUCUGACAGAAAACAAGCCUUUCAGCGAUAUUUCCCAAUUCGCGUUGGAUUGUCUCGUGCUUCCACACGCAAACGCAGAUUGUGAACGAAUAUUUAGUAAGAUCAAUCUUACCAAGUCAAGGACUCGGAACAGACUAGUAACAGGAACUGUAGAUGCAAUCUUACUGUCAUGCGAUGCAAUAAAACGCAACAAAAGUGGCAAUUGCACCGAUUUUGAACCGACGGAAGAAAUGUUACGAAGAGCCAAUAAUAAAAGUAAUGACGGAAUGCAGUGUAUUGACCAAGUUGCAGAAAUUGAUAUAAAUAUACCAUAA